CACUCACCACGCCAGACACGCCCCUGCCCCAACAACCCACAGAGCUUCUGCUGCGAUUGCGCGCCUGGUGUGGCUAUCUGGGUAUGUCUACGGCUUUUCCUGUUCCUGAUGCUGCUGAUGCUGCUCCUGCUCCUGCACCCGGAGGCAAGGGAGGGAAGGUAGAAUUCAAGGGCCGCGUUCGGAGUAUGGCUUUUGCGGUGGUGCGGUGGUGCGGUGGUGCGGUAGGGUCAGCUUGCCAUAAAACCCCAGUCCAGCGCAGUUCAGAACCGCCAUCAGUCCCCGGAGUACGGACAGGAAUGCACCAAAAGUCCACCAGAGUGCAGACAAGCACAUCCCACCAAGCCCCUGCAGCAUCUACAGAACCAACCCCGCAAACCCCCGAAGAACGCACAAGCCCACACCCAAAACCACCGCCGGUUUCUGGAUGCGGUGGGGACGUUGGGGUUGUAUUGCUUGGUGGUCGGGCUGAGGUUGGGGGUUGUGCGGAGGGUGCCUUUUGGAUAGUGGCUUUUCUGAGGGAGUUGGAGUGUUUGGUUCGGGGGGAGGAGGGGAGGGAGCUUUGGUUAGUUACUGUUGUGGGAGGGUAACUUGAGCUCAUACAUGUGAGGGUCCCAUUGGAACUA